GUAAGCAGCACCUGCAGACAGUCAAAGAGCGUUUCCAGUCGUUUCUCCAUGGGGAAACACAGAUCGUGGCUGAUGAGGCUUUUAUCAACGCUGUCCAGAGCUACUAUGAUGUCUUCCUGAAAAGUGACCGUGUGUCCCGGAUGGUGCAGAGCGGUGGCUGCUCAGCCAGUGACUCUCGAGAGGUUUUUAAGAAGCACAUAGAGAAGCGGGUGCGUAGCCUGCCUGAGAUUGAUGGCCUGAGCAAAGAGACGGUGCUGAGCUCCUGGAUGGCUAAAUUUGACACCAUUUACCGAGGUGAAGAGGACCCCAGGAAGCACCAGCAGAGAAUGACAGCCAGCGCCGCCUCUGAGCUUAUCCUCAGCAAGGACCAACUAUAUGAGAUGUUUCAGCAGAUCUUGGGCAUCAAGAAGUUUGAGCACCAACUACUCUAUAACGCCUGCCAGCUGGACAACCCAGAUGAGCAGGCAGCCCAGAUCAGAAGAGAGCUGGAUGGACGAUUGCAAAUGGCAGACCAGAUCGCACGACAUGGUGGACGGUUUCCCAGAUUUGCAUCUAGGGAGAUGGAGACCAUGUACAUUGAGGAGCUACGAUCCUCUGUCAACCUACUGAUGGCCAACCUGGAGAGCAUGCCGGUGUCCAAGGGUGGAGAGUUCAAGCUGCAGAAGCUGAAACGAGGCCACAACACCUCCAUUAUGGACAUGGGCCAGGAGGACGAGAACACUCUGUCCAAAUCUGACGUGGUGCUGUCUUUCACCCUGGAGGUGGUAAUCAUGGAGGUGCAGGGUUUGAAGUCGUUGGCGCCAAACAGGAUUGUGUACUGCACCAUGGAGGUGGAGGGAGGACAUAAACUGCAGACGGACCAGGCCGAGGCCUCAAAACCUACUUGGGGCACCCAGGGUGACUUCACCACCACCCAGCCAUUACCUGCUGUGAAGGUGAAGCUGUUUACUGAGAGCACAGGAGUGUUGGCUCUGGAAGAUAAGGAGCUGGGGAAGGUUGUUCUUCAUCCAACUCCCAACAGUCCCAAGCAGUCUGAGCUCCACAAGAUGACAGUGUCUAAAGGCUGCCCAGACAAUGACCUGAAGAUCAAACUGGCCAUCCGCAUGGACAAACCACAGAACAUGAAGCAUUGUGGGUACCUUUGGGCUAUUGGCAAAAAUGUGUGGAAAAGAUGGAAGAAAAGAUUCUUUGUGCUGGUUCAGGUCAGUCAGUACACCUUCGCCAUGUGCAGCUACAGAGAGAAGAAAGCCGAGCCUGUGGAGCUUCUCCAACUGGAUGGCUACACUGUAGACUACACCGACCCCCAGCCAGGUCUAGAUGGUGGUCGGACAUUCUUCAAUGCUGUGAAAGAGGGUGACACUGUGAUCUUUGCCAGUGAUGAUGAGCAGGACCGGAUCCUGUGGGUGCAGGCUAUGUACCGAGCCACCGGCCAGUCACACAAGCCAGUUCCUCCUACUCAGGUCCAGAAGCUCAACUCAAGAGGGGGCACAGCACCCCAGCUCGAUGCACCUAUAUCUCAGUUCUAUGCUGAUCGAGCCCAGAAGCAUGGCAUGGAUGAGUUUAUUUCAGCCAACCCCUGUAACUUUGACCAUGGCUCGCUGUUUGAGCUGGUGCAGCGCCUCACUCUGGACCACAGACUCAAUGACUCCUACUCCUGCCUGGGCUGGUUUAGUCCAGGUCAAGUGUUUGUCUUGGACGAGUACUGUGCUCGCUAUGGUGUUCGUGGCUGCCAUCGGCAUUUAUGUUACCUGAGUGAUCUGCUCGAGAGGGCGGAGAAUGGAGCCAUGAUUGACCCCACCCUGCUGCACUACAGCUUUGCCUUUUGUGCCUCUCACGUCCAUGGAAACAGGCCGGAUGGUAUUGGCACAGUGACCGUGGAGGAGAAGGAACGCUUUGAGGAGAUCAAGGAGAGGCUACGAGUGCUUCUGGAAAACCAGAUUACACACUUCAGGUACUGCUUUCCAUUUGGUCGGCCAGAGGGAGCACUGAAAGCCACUCUGUCCUUGCUUGAAAGGGUUCUGAUGAAAGAUAUUGUUACUCCAGUUCCACAAGAGGAAGUCAAGGCAGUGAUUCGUAAAUGUCUGGAGCAGGCAGCUCUAGUGAACUACCAACGCCUGUCAGAGUACGCCAAACUGGAAGGGAAAAAGAGAGAGAUGUAUGAGCAUCCUGUCUUCUGCUUGGCGUCUCAAGUGAUGGAUUUAACCAUUCAGAAUGUAGGACGCUUGGUUACCCCAGCCAAAAAACUUGAGGACACCAUUCGCCUUGCUGAGCUUGUGAUUGAAGUACUUCAGCAGAAUGAGGAACACCAUGCUGAGGGAAAAGAGGCCUUUGCGUGGUGGUCAGACCUGAUGGUGGAGCAUGCUGAGACCUUCCUGUGUCUCUACUCAGCAGACAUGGAUGCAGCUCUUGAAGUUCAACCACCCGACAGCUGGGACAGUUUCCCUCUCUUCCAGCUGCUCAACGACUUUCUUAGAGUGGACUUUAACCUGUGCAAUGGGAAAUUCCACAAACACCUGCAGGACCUGUAUGCCCCCCUGGUGGUGCGAUAUGUGGACCUGAUGGAGUCUUCCAUUGCUCAGUCCAUUCACAGAGGCUUUGAAAGGGAAUCCUGGGAACCUGUAAAGAGUAUAACAAGCACUCUGCCCAAUGUUAACCUCCAAAUGCCUAAAGUACCAAAUCUAACAGUGUCAAGUGUUAACCUUCCACAAAUGCCCAGCUUUUCUCCACCCAACUGGAUGACAUCUAAUGAUGACACAGAGUGUGAUAAUGGCUCAGGGACAUCCGAGGAUCUCUUCUGGAAGCUGGAUGCUCUGCAGACCUUCAUCAAAGACCUCCACUGGCCAGAGGAGGAGUUUGGCAAACACCUUGAGACCCGAUUGAAGCUGAUGUCCAGUGACAUGAUCGAAUCCUGUGUGAAAAGGACGCGGGCAGCAUUUGAGGCCAAGCUUCAGAGGAGCAGUCGGGCCACAGACUUCCGCGUGCCACAGUCCAUCUGCACCAUGUUCAAUGUCAUGGUGGAUGCCAAGGCCCAGUCAGCCAAGCUAUGUGCAAUGGACCUGGGGCAGGAGAGACAAUAUCAUUCCCAAAUUGACAAUCUAAUUGAAGAGACGGUGAAGGAGAUGAUAACUCUGCUGGUAGCUAAGUUUGUGGUCAUUUUAGAGAGUGUGUUAGCCAAGCUCUCCAGAUAUGAUGAGGGAACGCUCUUCUCUUCCUUCCUAUCAUUCACAGUGAAAGCUGCCUCGAAGUAUGUGGAUGUACCUAAGCCGGGGAUGGAUGUUGCUGAUGGUUAUGUGACAUUUGUUCGCCAUUCCCAGGACAUGUUGCGGGAGAAGGUCAAUGAGGAGGUGUACAUAGAGAGAUUAUUUGAUCAAUGGUACACCAGCACUAUGAACCUUCUAGGAACAUGGCUGACUGACCGUAUGGAUCUGCAGCUCCAUGUUUAUCAGCUGAAGAUUCUCAUCAGGAUUGUCAAGAAAAAGUACCGUGACUUCCGCCUUCAAGGGGUGCUCGACUCCACAUUAAACAGUAAGAUGUAUGAAACAGUGAGAAACCGGCUGACCUUGGAAGAAGCCACCGCCUCAGUGAGGGAAGGAGGGAUGCAGGGCAUUUCCAUGAAGGACAGCGAUGAAGAGGACAACGAUAACUAGAACAAAGGGCCUGAAAACUACAAGAAUGCACACUGCCUGAGAACCCAUGCAGUUGUCCCGUGAGGUCAGAACAGAUUGGCCUGUAGUCUGACUGGUUCCCUCUAUUAUUUGCUUUGUCAAUUUUUCAUCCUUGUAAUAGUUCCACAUUUCCGUCUGACUUAAUCAAGAAGAAUGUUUUUUGUGACUUUAAUCACUUGCAUGACGCAAGUCUGUCUUACCAACGCUUUUGAUGUUGAAAUUCCCCAUGCGUGCUCAUUGAGCUUUAAUUUCUCAAAACUGAAAUUUCCAACAUACAAUUACUAUAGGAUAGGAUAGGAUAGGAUAGGAUCUGUAAUCCAGAUUAAACAUUGACUGAUUUCUCCUGAAAUGUGAACAAAUGAGUAUCCAGAAUAUUCAAGAGGCCAAAACAUUACAGUUGUUUGAGACAAAUACAGCACUCUUCGCAUAAAUGUGAUGAUAAGCAUCUAUAUGGAUUACAACUUUUGAAGGCAUGAAAAUGUUAUGUUGUAUCUUCAUACAGUGCAACACAUAAUGUCACAAUAUCUUCCCUGUUGCCUGUCAAGAUUUCUCUUCAACAUUUUGAAAAGUGCAUAAAGUACAAAGUACCCUCUUUAUUUAAGGCAGUUCUGGCCAAAAACAACUCACGAAACACUCAUGUGAUCCUGGCCACUAUAUUGUUGUUCUAAGUGAAAUAGUGAAAUUGACAUAGAUUUUAAUAUAGAUACUUAAUUUUAGCCCGCUUACUGUUACUUAAUCAUAUUACGACUGAUCCAAAUGACACUAGAACUGAUGGUUCCCACUUGAUUCGACGUCAGACAAUUGAGUCAAAAACAGAUUUAAAACUAAAAUACCCCCAAAAUAAUUCUUGAAAAUUCUCAAGCAAUAUGGAUGUUCAAGUUUAUGAACAAAACUAUGGAUUUAUUUGUGUUGUGCUAAAGAUGUGCAGUGAAUGCAGCUACUGUAUGCUGCAUUGUUGUAAAGAGUGUGAAAAUGGUAUCAUUAUACUUUUUUUGUAGUGGAUAUGUAACAUGUCUCAACCUUAAAAUAUAACCAAAUGUUUACGAUGGUGUGCAGUGAUAGGAUGUGACAGUUUUUAUAGCUCUUUUUGGCCAGCUUUUAAAAACAGGCCUAAUGAUGAGCCUUACAGUCUAAGAAACAAACCAGUAACUUCAGUAACUUAUUGACAAAAAGUAAAGAUAUCAGUUAGCCUUUAAACAUUUACAUCUCAAGGAAACAGUCAUUUGAAAGAGUCCCAUUGUUUGCCCUCUUUCUGGAUGUCAUAUGUAAAGAUCAUUAACAAUUAUUGAUCUCAUUAUACCCUUCAGCACAAAUGCGCACCUUGGUACAUGGCUUUCUUUUGAGUUUGGUAUGCCCUGUGAACCAAACAGUUACUGAUCUAGAUUAGCAUGUGUGAGCACAAACUCAACUGUAUGAUAGUUUUGAAGGAAGUAUUUUGUGGCGUUGUUCAACUGCAUUGCAUUCAACUCCAGAGGUGUUUCUGUUAUUAACCCACCCUUACUCAUAUAAAUGGGGUGGACAAAAUCAUAAACAUUAACAUCUUUCAGCAUAAUGUAACUUAGGUACCACAAAAUGGCUUUAUAGUUGAAUUAGCAUCUCUUUAAAGUGGUUUCAACAAAAAACAUCUUAAUUUUAUUUAUAUAUUUGCAAAGGGACCUUGGCCAGUAUUGAGCGUAAAUGUAAUUUGCUGGACUGUUCCAAAGUUAGCUUGAUGAUAAACUGCUUUAAUUUUAGCUAGGUGUACCUAAUAAACUGGUGACUGAGUGUCUUUUAAUUAGUAAUACUAUCAAUCGAAUCCAGGCAGCAGCCCAUCAAGGCUGCAGAGUUCAUUACGUUUUACAGAACAAAAGGGUUAGACAGACCAGGAGGAGUUAGCAGUAGUUAAAACAUUACCAGAAGUAGUUUAAACAGUUUUAAAUUCUGCCGAGCGUUAUGCUAAUGAAAAGCCCACAAGGUAUGAUAAGAUACAAUCCUCAGGAGAGCAACACAGCUACCAUUCAAGUGGUUGUGAUGUUGGAAUGGACAAUUUACUGUACAAGGCACAUGUUAAUCAAAAACAAGAACUAUUUCAAAUAUGUCUGAAAAACAGUAUGUGUUUUGUUCAAAUUGUAAUAGAGGAUUUAGAAUUGAAGAAGAUGGUAGGUCUGUAUUAAAAAAAACAAAAAACAAAACAUGUAAAAGCUUCAAAAUAAUCUGUUAUGGCAACAUUUUACUCUACUGCCACCACAUGUUCUUCUAUUAGAGAGGGAGACAGCUGCAUUUAUCCUCUACAAACAAAGUGAUACUGUGCUAGUAAUUUAUGAAUCGAUGUCCAGCUGCCUACAUAUGAAUCUGCCAGUGACAACACAAGUUGUAUCUUACUGUUGAAAUAAACACAGUUUGCCAGUGGUCUCACUUCUUCAGACACUGGUACUUUGAUUUCCACAUCAACCCAACCGUUCCUUUAUUUUAGUUAGUAGAGAAGAUAGCAUGGCAGUGCUCAUAUAGUACUAUCUGAGUACUGAUUGACCUGUUUUCAACAUAUUUUCAGUUUUAAAGCAAUUUUUCUAUUUUCGUCAAACAUUCUUUGUCUUUAAAUUUAUUUGCCAUCUAUUAUAUUUGUUACUGUAUGUGCCCUGUACUUUAUUCCCGGGUUAAUGAUGGGGUGAAUCCGCAUUUUUAUAAUGGAUAAUGGGUGGUGAAGUCUACAUUCACUUUCCCUCUGUCAAUUGUUUUCUAUACUGUACUGUAGAGCGUUGUGUCACCCUGUGUGCAAGUACUGCAUGUCCCCAGUAUUCACUCUCCAAAGUGUUUUCACUCCACGUGUGAAGUAACCAGUGGGUUCAUCAUGCUUCUGCCUUGUAGAAGAACCUACCAUGGUCAUUUAAAUAAA